ACAGCGGCUACUACCCGCAUAAGGAAAGAUGGCGGAAGAAGAGAAUUCAGCGGAUGAUUUUGAUCAGAUUUACUUUUUAAAAGACAGACACGUACGUUUUUUCCAAAGAUGCCUCCAGGUGUUACCAGAGCGGUAUUCGUCGUAUGAAACUAGCAGGUUGACGAUUGUAUUCUUUGCCCUGUCUGGACUUGAUGUUCUCGAUGCCUUGGAUGUUGUGGACAAGCCCAGCUUGAUUGAGUGGAUAUACUCACUGCAAGUUAUUCCCACCGAGGACCAGUCCAAUCUUGGCCGCUGUGGUUUCCGAGGAUCAUCACACAUUGGAGUUCCAUACAAUACCUCAAAGGGCCCUGGAUCUCCUCAUCCUUAUGACAGUGGCCAUGUGGCUAUGACCUACACUGGCUUAGCCUGUCUCAUUGUUCUGGGAGAUGACCUCAGUCGAGUCAAUAAAGGGGCUUGCCUGGCAGGCCUAAAGGCCCUGCAACUAGAAGAUGGCAGUUUCUAUGCAGUGCCCGAGGGAAGUGAAAAUGACAUGAGGUUUGUGUACUGCGCUGCUUGUAUCUGCUACAUGCUGGAUGACUGGUCAGGGAUAGACUGCAAGAAGGCCAUCGAUUACAUCAGGAGAAGUAUGUCUUAUGAUAAUGGGAUUGGCCAGGGAGCUGGCUUGGAGUCUCAUGGUGGUUCCACGUUUUGUGCCAUAGCCACGCUGUGUCUGAUGGGCAAAUUAGAGGAGAUGUUCAGUGAGAGAGAGUUGAACAGAAUACGCAGGUGGUGCAUCCUCAGACAGCAGAAUGGCUUCCAUGGGCGCCCCAACAAGCCUGUGGAUACAUGCUACUCAUUCUGGGUGGGCGCAACACUAGAGCUUCUAGAUAUAUUUCAGUUCACUAAUUUUGAAAAGAACCGGAACUACAUCCUGUCCACUCAAGACAGCCUGGUGGGGGGCUUUGCCAAAUGGCCGGACAGUCACCCAGACCCUCUGCACACGUACUUCGGCAUCUGUGGCCUGAGCCUGAUAGGCGAGCCUAACCUGCGUAAAGUGCACCCAGCCCUCAACGUCAGCGACAGGGCCUUCGAGUACCUGCAGCGGCUGCAUCAGACGUGGAGAGAAAGCUGCACAUGACAGCAUGCCCUCCCACAACCCCCCCCCCCCCCCUGUCUACAUCAAGACCACAGCAGCCUACAAGCCAUGUGCAGCCCCCCGGCAAGUCCAGCCUCGCCUCUCUGAAGCCCAGCCUCAUUCACCUUAGCAAUAGAAACUGACCGGACCACGGACUGCCACCCGAAAAGGAGGGCAGGGAGGAAGGACGUGAUGAAUAAGUUAUACAGUCCGGCAUGAUUAAUUAUUAAAAGUGAAACUUAGAGUUGCUGCUUGGCCUGUGCUGACCGUAUGUUUGGGUGGUCUACACAUGAACAAGAUUUGUUUCUCCCUGAUGCGUUGUUUAUUUUCUGGGUUAGACAUUGAGAAGCAUUGUGAAACAUUUGGUUAGGGCCAUACAACUUUAUCUCUAACUCACUUUCUUCUUCUGCCUUGGAUCAGUGUUUUGUUAACCACCAAGUUUUUUUUUUUUUUCAUUUCUAUACAUAAGAGCAAUCUAGCGAUGUUGAAAAUGUACAAACCACGUUUUCGGAAAAGUACGGACGUUUUGUAAAAUGCAAUAAAAACAAGAAUCUGUGAUGUGUUACUUCUCUUGAACCUUUAUUUAACCGGCAAAAGUACAAAGAAAAGAUUUCCAGUUUGUGCACUGACCAACUUGUGUUGUCUAAAUGUAAACAAGAAUUAGAAUUGAAUUACUGCAAGAAAUUUGGGACAGAGGCAUGUUUACCAGUGUUACAUCACCUUUGCCUUUUAAUUACACUUUUUGAUCUUUUCAGAGCUGAGGAUACUAAUUGCAGUUUUGCACGAGGAAUUUUCGCCCAUCGUUGUUUCAUACAAGACUUCAGCUGCUCAACGGUCCGUGGUUGUCGUUGUCCGAUUCUCUUCUUAAUGAUGAACCGUACAUUUUCAGUAGGAGACAGAUCUGGACUCCAGGCUGACCAGUCAAACACAUGCACUUUGUGUCUACAAAGCCACGCUGUUGUGGCAUGUGCAGAAUGAGGCCUGGCCUUGUCUUGCUAAAAUAACCCUGAAUUUCCUGGGAAAGGAGGUCAUCUUGAUGGCAUCGUAUGUUUGUCUGAAAUCCUUUUAUAUGCCUCCAUGUCAGUGGUACUUUCGCACAUAUGCAUGUCACCCAUGCUGUGGGCACAAGCUUUUACGCCAUGUGAGAAGCACAGGCCCGGAGAAUUCAGCUGCAUUUCUGCAUAGAAUUGAUGUGUGACUUUCUCUGUGUUCUUUUUGAUGCAGUGGCAGAGCCCAUGUGGUUAUAUUUAACACAGUAGUGUGAUGGGUUCUCAGGCAAAGCUGUCUGAAGGCUUGAAGGUCCCAUAUAUACAACAGUACCCUCUGGCCUUGCCCUACCCCAGCAUGCCAAACUGGGGACCUUCUGGGCCGUAGUUCUUCACAUAUUAGCAUUUACCCUGAUCUUGCGCUUUGAAUUCAGUUCAUAAAGGCCUUGAUAAUUAGCUGAUGAGUUGAAUCAGGUGUGUUUUUAAUGAGGCAGCGUGCUGAAGUCUGCAGUGUUUAUGCCUGUGAGGACUGGAGCUUGACACACGUGCCCUACAGAAACUGAGAUUUCUUUGAAUUCCCUGAGCAGUAUGUACAGUAGUCUUCUUCUUUUGGCUGCUCCCUUUAGGGGUCGCCACAGCAGAUCUUCUGCCUCCAUCUUGCCCUAUCCACUGCCUCCUCAACUUUCACACCAACCAUCUCCAUGUGCACCUUCCCUACAUCCAUAAACCUUCUCUGAGGUCUACCUCUUCUCCUUCUACCCAGCAGCUCCAUCUCCAGCAUUCUUUGACCAAUAUGUACCGUAGAUGGUGAAGGACCUAAAUUCUUUGCACCCUUGCAUUGAAAAUGUUUUUUUUUUUUUUACUUUGAUCAUUCUCUCACAAAGUGUGGCGCAAAGUGGUGAGCCACAACCCAGCUUGCAAAGUUUUUAAAACUGCAAUUUGAAUAUUCUAUAAACCUUUCGCUCUUAUUUUGCUUCUGUCCCAACUUUUUUGAGUGUGUGGCAGGCAUCAAAUUCAAAAUUUGCUUGUAUUUAUAAAAUACAAAUUGAUCACCCAGAACAUUGCAGUGUCUUUGUACUUUUGUCAAUCAAGUGAAGGUUCAAGACAAUUAAAAAUGCAUCUAACAUUUAACAAAAUGUCUGAACUUUUCUGGAAAUUGGGUUUGAAGAUUAAAAUAUCUGUUCCGUGCAAAGUCUCCUUUAAAAUAUUCUAAUGAGUUUUCUUUAAGAUUCCUGUAAAAUAUUCCUUUUGUCACUCUGUAUGUGUUGUAUCAUUUGAUAUCUUUUUCAAAGCAAAAGCUGAUUAUUUUAGUAGUUGUUUUACUGAAACAGGCCGUGUAGUCAGAAGACUUUCUCAUUGAAUGUGCCUCAGAUAUGUAAGUGUGCACCCAACUUUAGAACAAACUUCUUUUCACUCUUUGCCUGUGUUGCUGCAAAUUGACGUCUCAAGAAGACACUUGAAUGUUCGCUUCAUCGAGGUUGAGGGGGAAAAAAAAUAUUUUUUCUAUAAAUAUACGGAAAUCAAUGUCAAAGGGAUGUCAGUGAUGGCACUCACCUUUUUAUUGUUAUGAAGUGCUAAUACUGUAAAUUGCAGUUCCAGUGAGUGUUAAUGAAUUAUUGAAUAGCAUAUUCUCAUGUCAGAUAAGUAAACAGUUCUAACUGCUGGUGAGGCAGUGCGUAUUUAAUUGAGAAUAAAAUGAAAUUUUGAAUUUC